GUGUGAAUUGUUCCCUUGAAUUAUAGCGGUUGAAGAAAUAACCAUUAUAAAGUUGGUUACAAAGUAUUGUUAAAAUAUAGGUAAACAUGAUAGGAAAGAUUAUAUACGGGUGCUGCUGGAGUUAGCUAAAAUAUAGAGGAGGAGUCAUUUUAGGGGAGUCCCCUACAGAAAGAUAUAGGGGAAAAAAUAUAGGGGUCCUGCUGGACUUGCUCAAAUAACCUAUUUUGGCUGUGUGGCAGUCAGAGAGCAAUGAAAUUCUUUUUUAUCUAUAAAAAAAUGUAUUUGCAAUCAUGUCCUCGAGAGCCAAUACAUACGUAUCUUAUGCACAGGGCACCUUAGCUAAAUGAUUUCAUGAAACCCACUGACUUAGUGUGAACAAGUUUUAAACGAUGAUUCAUGGUAAAAAAAAAUUGUAGGCUGCUCUGAUGUGGGAGCACUAGACAGUCAGUGGUUAUGAACUGAGAGAGAAAGGUUACAAUGGUAACGUGGUGUUGUCUUCUAUUUGCUUUAUUGGUGCAGCUUAAUGAGAAUGUGUGAUCGUUUUGACAACUUGUUUUAUAGGUGUCACUGACAUUGCAGAAUAGCACUAUUUGUUUUGCCUAUGAGCUCCUAAGAUACUAUGAGCACUGCUAGUGUUUGGCCAACGUCUUGAGUUUUAGUGUAGUACAAGAUGAGGAGAAAUUUUAAUGUUGAAUACUUUCUUUAAUGUUUUAGUGACAACAUGAGGAGAAAUUUCAAUGUUGAAUACUAUCUUUAAUGUUUUAGUGGCAAAGAUUGUUUAUUUUUUCUCAUAGAUUCUUGAUCACAAUAGGUUUAUUCACCAUACUGAAGUAUUCCCUCUUUUUCGAAUUAGUUGACUAGGCUUUGGUCAGAUUUGGUCUAGAUACACAUGUAUCUAGAUGCAUUUCAGAGUAUAGAUUUCGUUUAUUUUGGAAAAAAGCUGCGUCAACUAAUUUGGAAGGGAGGAAAUAUUAAUUAUACGCUUUAGUUUCUACAUUCUGAAUGUGCCAAAACUGUGCUGCUUAGUUUGGUGCACUACAAUGGAGAUUGACAGUCUAAGAGAGGCCUUUGACCGAGUUGUCGAAAAGCGUACCUUAUCUUCUACCAAAGUUCAGGAAGCUAUUGAUCAAAUAGUGAAUGAAGUUACACAGGCAAUAACGAAAAUGCAGAUGAUGAAUACAGAUUCCAUGGAAAGUUGUGACCAUUCACACAUCCUUGCAGAACUGAAGGCCAAGCUGAACGAAGUGGCGCCAUUGAACCAGCUCGAAGGCUGUCAAAAGGAAUUGAAUGUUGCUCUGAGCAAAUAUCUCAAGCUCCUUGAAAAGUCUUUUAAUCCAGAUAUAUCAAAGGCAUAUAGAAAUGUGGAUUUUGAGGCUUCCACAAUAAACAACAUAAUAGCAAAUCAGUUCUACCGCCAGGGCCUCUUUGAUCUCGGAGACUCCUUUGUCCAUGAGUGUGGUGAGUCAGAUGGGUCUUACCUGAAAUCAUCGUUUCAAGAGAUGUAUGGAAUUCUUGAAGCAAUGAAAGCCAGAAACCUUGAGCCUGCACUCAGCUGGGCUGCCAAGAACCAUGAUCAGCUGUUGCAGAAUAGCUCGAUGCUUGAGCUGAAGCUCCAUUCUCUUCAGUUUGUUGAGAUACUUACUAAUAAAGGAAGUAAAGACGAGGCUUUGCAAUAUGCAAGGACUCACCUGGGGCCCUUUGCCUUCAUGCACGAGGCGGAGAUCCCAAGGCUGAUGGCUUGCCUUAUCUGGGAUCGGCUUGAUCAGUCCCCAUAUGCCGAGUUCGUGUCAUCAACGCAAUGGGAGAAGCUAUCUGAGGAGCUAAUCCAUCAGUUCUGCAGCAUCUUGGGACAGUCCAGCGAUAGCCCACUUAAUGUAGCUAUAUCAGCUGGUUUUCAAGGACUGCCGACCUUGUUGAAGCUAACCAUGGUAAUGGCUGCCAAAAAACAGGAGUGGCAGGCCAUGAAACAGCUUCCUGUCCCUAUAGACAUUGGACCCGAGUUCCAGUACCACUCUGUGUUUGUAUGCCCAGUGCUGAGAGAGCAGUCAAGUGACGAGAACCCUCCGAUGCUGAUGCCCUGUGGACACGCUGUAUCGAAGCAAUCGAUCAUGAAGCUAUCAAAGAGCAGCUCCAGAACUUUCAAGUGCCCUUACUGCCCCUCUGAGGCGGUAGCUUCGCAGUGCAAGCAGCUUCAUUUCUAGAUUGUUUCAUCUUUUCCAGAUCAAAAUCUGUUAUACAAGUGGUUUCUUCAUGUUUUCUGUUCAACCCAUCCAAUAACUUUCCUGUAAUAUAGCCUUGUAUCUUUAUUGAAUUCUGGAUGUUAAUCUGUACAGUAGCAAAUCCCAAUCUGUUGCUAAAAUAUCAACUGAACACAAAAAUAAGUUUCAUCAUGUCAUUUUAAA